CACCGCCUCAAAGUACCGCCGCCUAUAGCGGAACUAGAGGCCAUACCCGUGUCGUCUUUGGUAUGGGUGCAGACGAGUCGGCCCUUGGACACGCCCUACGAGGGCGGGAACUUUGAACUACGCCUACACUUUUCCCAGACGUACCCGUCUCAACCACCGUUUUUACUGUUCCGUACAAGGGUCUACCAUUGCAAUUUACACCACGGGGCUAUCUGCGUGGAUAUUCUGUGCUCAAAUUGGUCGCCUGCCCUGACCGUGGAGAAGCUACUUUUGUCCAUCCGAUCGCUGCUCGCGGACCCCAAUCCCGAGAGCCCCUUGAUGAACUACGCCGCUGCCGAAAUGUUCAAGGAGGACCGCGAGCAGCGCGACCGCUUGGCUCGCGAGUGGACCGCACGCUACGCCCAGUGGAGUCAACGUCUGAAUAAUCCUAAGCAUCUCAUCCACGGAUACACAUUUUCCAAAUUCUUUGAGCACCUUUGUUAGCAUCUGCCACUAACCACACAUGAACAUGAGGUACAUGGUAACAUUAUAUACAAUUCAUUUUUGACUGAAAUAAAGGCUGUGAAAAUGUUUCGUAGAAAUUAUAAAAUACUUUCGUCAGAUCAUCCGCGAGCUCGUCAAGACGGACGGAUGGGAAGCACCACAUCCACAGAUACACAAUAUUUUCCAAAUUCUGCAUAGUAACAUGAAAUGAAAUAAAGGCCUAACCUCUAAAUUGUUUGCA